UUCAUAACACAUUUCUCACAUCGUCGCGCAAUAAUUCCUCAAAAUAUUCCUGUAAAUAUCAAAAAUUCGGCGUGAUCGUAAUCGGCAAUUGUUUAAAAGUGACAAAGUGCAUAGAAGAAAAUUGAAAAUAACCAAAAAUAUUGUGAAAUUUCAUUGGAAAAGUGAAUAAGAGUCACAUACAUUUUGGCAUUGCAUCAAGAGCAGAGCAAUGUGUCUUCUGCCUCGCAUCCAACUUCUGUCACUCUGAAUAUUUGUCACGACAUGAAAAAUGACACGAUUGAAAGUUCAUUGAAAAGUUUCUAAAAGAAAAAAAUUUAAAAAAAAAACAACAAAAGGAAGUUUUAUCCGAAGAAGUGCCUGAAAACUUACAAAAAAAUGUUUGUCAGAAGGAAAUUAUAAGUCGUCACUCGUCGUAAUUGACUUGAAAAUUAUGGUUUUGCUCAAUUUUCUGUAAAAAGUUUACAAAUUUACGUAAAAAAAUGGUUUCUGAGUUAGUUAAGAAAAUUCCGGCACGCCUGGUUCUUUACUUUUUAUCAUGGUCCGGAUUUCUCGUGUCCUUUAUGAUGCGAAACGACAUGAAUUUCGCUUUAGUUGCAAUGGUUGGUACAAAAAACGAAUUAUCACACAAUAAUUCUUCGUUAAAUGGGAAUAACAGUAUUAAUGGAUCUUCGUCAAAUCAGGAUUUUGUUAAACAAGAGGUAGAAGAUUUGACGGAAUUAGGGUACAAUGGGGAAUUUGAUUGGUCACCCGGUGUUCAAUCAAUGAUCAUAAGUGUCUUUUAUUGGUGGUAUGUUGUGUCUCAGGUUGUUGGCGGAGUAGCUACCCAAUAUUUCGGUACAAAAAACGUCUUUGGCUGGUCCCAAUUCGCGACAGCUGCCUGUAGUUUAUUAAUGCCCCUCGCUGCCGACACAAAUUACGUGCUCGUGAUCGUUCUGCGUUCAAUUCAGGGAUUCGCGAGUGGCUUAACAUGGCCCGCAAUGUACGCGAUUGUCGGAGUUUGGAUCCCGCCCAUCGAACGAAGUCGUUUCAUGUCAAGUUUUCAAGGAUUUAGCAUCGGAAUCGGGCUCACAUAUCCAAUUUGUGGCUUUAUUAUCGCCCAUUGGGGAUGGCGAUACGUUUUUUACUUCACGGGCAGCGUCGGAAUGCUUUGGUGCGUCAUUUGGUACUUCUUGGCAUUCAAUUCGCCGGCAGAACAUCCACGGAUAACGGAACAGGAACGUGAAUAUAUCGACUUGAAUGUCUCGAAUGACAUCAAGGAUGGUCAAGGCAUGCGAGUGCCGUGGAUAUCGAUAUUUACAUCGUUGCCUGCAUGGUCGAUUGGCGUAACGACAUUCGGACGGAUUUGGGUUCAUUACACAUUUAUCAUCGGCGGCCCGAAUUACAUGAAGAACAUUUUGCACUUUAGCAUUCAGAAAAAUGGAUUUCUCUCUGGUGCGCCAUUCCUUUGCAGUUACCUGUCCUCUGUCGUAUUUUGCUAUUUAGCUGAUGUCCUUGUCACGAAUAAAUGGAUGACGCUGACGAACGUACGGAAACUCUUUACCGCAAUGUCGCAAAUUAUUCCGGGACUUCUCGUCUUGCUAAUUGGCUAUUUGGGUGACAAUAUCAUCUUAAUUCUGUCGAUUUGGUUCGUUGCGGUGUCUUUCAUCACAGCAUCGUAUGCCGGCGCAAUGGCAAGCAUUGUCGACAUUGCUCCCAAUUUGGCGGGACCCGUUUUGGCGUUUUGCCAAACGAUCCAUAUGUCGGCUUCGUUCCUGCAACCCAUCGUCGCGGGAUUAAUGAUCACAGAUAAUAGCUCAUUAAGUCAAUGGCAAGUGUCGUUCAUGCUCGCAUCAGUUGUUGCUGUGUUAACGUACCUAAUGUUCCAGAUUUAUGGCACGUCAGAGAUCCAAUCGUGGAAUUAUCCGCGCGAAAGUUCAAUUCCAUCGGAGGAAAGUCAAGAAAUUCUUCAAAAACCCCUCAAAUCAAAGACAGAUUUCGACGAUGAUUAAGAAACGGAGUCAAUUUGUACAAAAAAUAAAAGCGAGAAAUGACAAGAAAACAACAUUUUACAUCAUAAAUCAACUAUCCGGACAAUUUAACUUAGCAGGAUAUUUGUUUCUUUCCUCUUUAGUCACACACAACGCGUCGUUUGUCCUAUCUCUCUCUCUUAAUUUUAUUUAUUUGAACCAAUUUCUGCUGCUUCGAUGCCAAAAUUGUAAAAAUAAAUAAAAAAUAAUUCCCAUUUCCUUAACAAAUAGCAGCUUAUUUGUCCAUGACCUUCAAAAGUUGGCAUUGUUCGUACUUCAUUGAAUUGAUAAAUGAAAAAGUUAAGAUUUUCGGCGGAAAUAUGUAUAUCAGAUAUCAAAAGAGAGUGAUUCAAGUAGAAUUUUUGAUAAAAAAAAAUAAAUUAAAUGAGAAAAAAACAAAUUUUUGUGGAAAAAAAAGUAAAAUGAGAAAAAUUCUGAGAAAAAAAUAUUUUUUUUUUAAUAAAAAAAAUAAUUUUUGGAUAAAAAAAACGAGUGAGUCAUCAAAAAAGAACAAAUUUACGUAAAAUUUUAGAAAACAUAAAAAUUUUAUUUAACUUUUUAUAAGAAAAUAUUCAAUUAAUGGCUGACUUUCUUAUAAAAUCUUCGUUUAAAAAUUAAUUAAACGAUCCGUACUAAUUUUCAAAUUGUUUCCUUAACAUUGAAAACCCAAAAUUUUAAUGAGAAAAAGAUAAAAAUAAUUUUUCCCACAAUAAAAGAAUAAAAAAUGAACAUUAAUCAUCGCAAAAAAACAUAAAAGAGAGAAAAUCCCUUAGAAGACUUACAAAUUAUACGAAAACGUUAACAAAAAUUGGGCAACACGAACCCAAUUUUCUCACCUAUAUUAGCAUAACGCGUAAUUAACAUUUGUAUACCUUAACAAUUUUACCUUUUUAAGUCCUUUAGGCGAUAGCAAAAUCAGUAAUUAUUAUAAUUUAAAGUAAUUUUAAUGUUUAAAAAAUAUGACAUUCUUACUAAAAUAUAAAAAAAAUAAUUCGUAGAAGUGACAACUUAGUCGAUUAUUUCGUACUUUUUGUAGAAAGAGACUUAAGAAAUUAGCACGUACUUUUUUAAUAAAAUUUAGAAAUUAAA